UCUUGUUUACUCUUGUGUUUGUGUACUCAUUCAUGUACUCUUGGCCAAGUUACCCAAGGGAUGUCAAUCUUUGGGGCUUUUUUUUUGUUGAUAAAACUGAAAAGAAAAAUGCAAUGCAAAGUGAAACUAUGACCGAAGGGACCGUCACAGGGCUGCCAAAAUGACACUUCUACAUAUAAAGCGAUGUCUCACACAACAUGGAGACAUUUACAGAGGAAACAUAUAUGGGAGUCAGUAGAUAUAAGAUUUAAAAAGUAUGUAUCACAGGGAAAAGUUGUGAAAACUUAUUUAGAAAUAAGUACAGUGCCUCUUCAGUAUGUCCCAUCCAGACACUUGGCACCAGCACUCAACAGCACUUGGCACCAGACUCACUGCUUGAUGUAUAUUCAAUGUUGCUAUAUGAUUAGGAAUGAAACACUUUUUCAUGUUUUCAUUUUUCUGUGAUGAAUUAAAUUGGGCCAGAAGGCAAAAUGUGUCUUGAUAACAAACCAACGGAAGCUGAAUAUAUGACUCAUUUGGAAGGCGCCAAUUCGAACUUCUGCUGUGACGUCAACAGAUACUACACUUGUACGCUACUGUUCCUGGGAAGAAAGAAUGCCAUAGAGCUGGUUGUGAGAUAAGUGAAUAUAGGGUGUGUACAGCCACAUAUGCACUUAUCUAAGUGAGCCAGGCUUUGCCUUCAUGGCAGGAGAAAUUAGUGUCUGCUUUCUCCAAACUGUUUGUGUAGCCGACUCCCAUCUGCUAUUGUUUGCAUAAGAUCGCCUCCAGCUUCCCUGUUUUACCAUCACAAUGGGAGCUGGCAUUUCAGAGAGAGUCAAAAGUGAAACCGUGUCAUACCCUACAGGAAACACAGUGCACAAUUAACUCGGACUCACAGAGGACGUCCUGAGCAGUGUGGAAGUCAACCUGCAGAAAGAAAGUGAAGCUCCAUCCCACAUCUCUGUUCACUCACCUCUCUGUAAAGCAGCAUGGAGUUGGAGAAACUAGCCAAUGGGAACCACCAUGAACGGAGUACAGAGAAGAUUAUUCUGGAGGAUGGGUUUGAUGGGGUUGAAAAUAUCGCGGCGGAACGUGAUGAGUUCAUACCUCACAGUCCUGAUGGGAAGAAACAGUCACAAUUCACUGACUUUGUGGGAAAGACCUCAUUUGGGAUGUCUGUCUUCAACCUCAGCAAUGCCAUCAUGGGGAGUGGAAUUCUGGGAUUGGCAUUUGCCAUGUCAAACACUGGCAUCGUCCUCUUCCUAUUCCUCUUGACGUUCAUCGCCAUUCUGUCGGCGUACUCCAUCCACCUCCUGCUGACGAGUGCGGGUGUUGUGGGAAACCGUGCAUAUGAGCAGCUGGGGAACCGGGCUUUUGGCCAACCAGGCAAAGUGCUGGCAGGGGUAGUAAUCACCAUACACAAUAUUGGUGCGAUGUCCAGCUAUCUCUUCAUUGUGAAAUAUGAGCUGCCCCUGGUCAUCCAGGCCUUCCUCGGGAAGGACACCAGCCCUGGAGUGUGGUACUUGGAGGGGAAUUACCUGAUCAUCAUUGUCAGCCUCUGUGUCAUCCUCCCCCUGGCACUAAUGCGACAGCUUGGUUACCUGGGGUACACCAGUGGCUUUUCUCUCACCUGCAUGGUGUUCUUCCUCAUCUCGGUGAUCUACAAGAAGUACAACAUUCCAUGUCCGUUAGAGACAAGUGCCCCAGAUUACCACAACUUCACGACACCACCAUCCACAGAGGAAGAAGCCUGUGAGGCUAAACUUUUCACCAUUAACCAGCAGACUGCAUACACUAUCCCCAUCCUGGCCUUUGCAUUUGUUUGCCACCCAGAGGUCCUGCCCAUCUAUACUGAGCUACGCAACCCCACCAAGAAACGCAUGCAGAACGUGGCCAACAUCUCCAUACUCGCCAUGUUUGUCAUGUACCUGCUCACCGCUGUCUUUGGCUACCUCACCUUCUAUGGGCAGGUGGAGGCGGAGCUCUUGCAUACCUACAGUAAGGCGGGCGAUGACACGCUGGUGCUCUGUGUUCGUCUCGCUGUGCUGGUGGCCGUCAUCCUCACCGUACCCGUCGUUCUGUUCCCGAUCCGGAGGGCGGUUCUGCAGCUGCUGUUCCCAGAUAAGCCCUUCCACUGGGCUCGUCACAUUUGCAUCGCCAUCGUGCUGCUAUUCAUCGUCAACCUGCUCGUCAUCUUCGUGCCCAACAUACGCGACAUCUUCGGCAUCAUCGGAGCCACUUCUGCUCCCUCCCUGAUCUUCAUCCUUCCUGGAAUAUUCUACCUUCGCAUCGUCCCCGUCACGGUGGAGCCCUUGAAAUCCCGGCCAAAGAUUCAGGCCGCCUGCUUCGCCGCGCUGGGUUUUGCGUUCAUGGUGAUGAGCCUGUCCUUCAUCGUGCUGGACUGGGUUUCCGGAGAGAGCAGGAGCGGGGGUGGCCACUAACGCCGGUCCACCAGUCCAUGCGCCAAACGGAACAGGACAUUGACUCUCAAUCCAGCAUCUGCACCCCUGCCCACUGCCCCUCAACACACAUACACACCGACCUACCCGGUCCAGUAAACCGCCAAUGUAAGACUGACUCUGCCCCCACACAGAACCGAUAGACCCUACUCUCUUUCUCAUGACCAUUGUUUUCCCCUCAUUCAAGUUACUUUCUUUUACUGUAUUGUUUAUAUGAAUAAUGACCAUCCUGUCUCCAUGGAAUCUGCAGUUCUUGUAAUGUGCAGCUCAGUAAGAGAAUAUACCCAUUCCAGUGUAUUCUCCUCCAUCAUUUUACUUGAAAUGGACGUAUGCAAAUUACUGUCAGCUGACAAGUGUGGUUGUCAGUAAAAUAGAAAUUAGGUUGUUGUUUUUUUGGGGGGGUUUUUUUAAGAUCAUACAUAUAUUUUAUCCUUUAACUUGAAAUGGAUUUUUAAAAAAGAUUUUAUUCCAAUUAUAUUUAUAUUUUGCAAAAAAAUGUGAAAUUAUUUACAUUUCUCAAUCUCCCUUCUGCAAAACAAAAAGAAAACAUUAGUUGUCAGUGCCAUUUAUUGGAUUACAAUGUGUAUACAAACAUAUCAGAAUCGAAAAACUGUAAGUGUUGUUUGUUAUACCUGUAGGGUGGUUUACCAGAAAGCGAUACAUUCAGUCUUCAGAAUGUAAUUAGUCAGCUCUGAGCCAGCUGAUGGUUUACAAUUUCUAUUGGUCGAUCCCCAUGCAGACUGUGACCAAAAAUUGUAUGAACCUGAUGAAGUAUUUGUGUAUUUGUUGUAAUGCUUUAUAAUGAGUAUCAAGGAGCUUUCCAUACCCACCGGUCAGUGUGUUGGCUUCAGCUAUUCCAUCAGUAGCUGUUUCCAUUAGAAUUUCAAAGGUUAAAUACGAAAGCUUAUAGCUGUGUGGGAAAACAACCAGCUAGAAAGAAUUCCAAACUGCUGGGUUCUGUACAGAUAUUUUCCGUUUUUUCUAAAUUGUUGAAUUAGUUAAAACAAUGAGGCACUUGUGUUUUUAACACUGCUAACUUUAAUUUCAAGGUGCACUUCGCCUGUUUCCAGCAGGCAAGGUGGACUAAAUUAUGAAACUACAGUCAUACUACUCACAUGAAAUAAAGCCCAUGGAAGUGUAGCUGCUUUCUUUUCCCAAAAUGUCUCCCUGGACUAUCUGUUGUUCAUCAGAGUGUCACUCCCUUACCUUUUGUUAUCAGAGAGCCAAAGAAAAAAGGGCCAAUUUUACACCAUCAGAAAUGACCGUGGAGUAAGACCAUAGGCCAUAUUUUGAUGUGUUCUUAUAUCUUUAAUUUGAAGAUUAUAGGUUUAAAGAUUUUUGCUGUUCACAUGAAGUUAUUUUGUAUAGUAUUUUUGUCAGAGAAAAAGGCAUGACAAUUGAGUCUUUUUAAAUAAUACGGCCAUACAAGUGUUUAUAUUUGUAUGUGUGUGUGUACAUGUGUGUUUAUAUUUCAAGACAAAAGAGUUUAAAUGCAGAAAGUAUUGUAAGUAUGUUCCUAUUUGACCAAACCAGGAACAUGUUGGUGAGCAUUUGAACAGCUGAAUGCUCCAUUUUGAGCUGAAUGCUCCAAGUGAGUUCCUGGGGGAUACUGGCACCAAAAUAUGAAUCAGUCCCAUUUUCUGGUCAGUUGUAAAAAAAAAAAAAAAAGAAAGUAUUUGUCAUGGUUCAAGGUUGUACUCUUUUUAAAUAAAAAUGAAAAACGUUAAUACAUUUAA